CCGGGUCUAAAGGCCCAACGUCUUCCUAGCAUGGAUUUGGGAACAAAAUUGACCUGAGGUCAUGGGGCCACCUCAGCUUUUCCCAAAUGAAGCCAAAUUCCCAGGGUCAUCUCUGAGCCAGUUCAGUUGACCUGACCAGUUGUUUGUAUGUUAGAUGUCUCCAAAGUUCCCUAAUUUUUUUUUUUUCUUGCCUCAGGAUUAUUUUUUCACUUUUUAAAGUGAGUUUCCUUGUUAGUGGUAUAAGUUCCACUGGAAGCAUUGCUAUUUUCUGCGUGUGUUUUCUUCUCUUUAGGGGUCAGUGUUGACAGUGGUGUUGAGCUGCAGGAGAGCAGUUUCUGAACUUCUUCAUUGCCGUUUCCCUGAAACUGGAGUGUGGAGGCCAAGGGUCCUGCCAGCUUUAAGACAGGAUGAAGACUGUACUCAUGGUUGCAGAAAAGCCGUCCUUGGCCCAGUCCAUUGCCAAAAUCCUCUCUCGAGGGAGUAUGUCCUCACACAAAGGGCUGAACGGAACAUGCUCGGUGCACGAGUACACCGGGACCUUCGCGGGCCAGCCAGUCCACUUCAAGAUGACAUCUGUCUGUGGUCAUGUGAUGACCCUGGAUUUCCUGGGAAAGUACAACAAGUGGGACAAGGUGGACCCUGCAGAGCUGUUCAGCCAAGCCCCGACGGAGAAGAAGGAAGCUAACCCCAAGCUGAACAUGGUGAAGUUCCUGCAGGUGGAGGGCAGAGGCUGCGACUACAUCGUGCUGUGGCUGGACUGCGACAAGGAAGGGGAGAACAUCUGCUUCGAGGUCCUGGAUGCCGUGCUGCCUGUCAUGAAUCAGGCCCACAGUGGCGAGAAGACGGUGUUCCGGGCCAGGUUCAGCUCCAUCACAGACACAGACAUCUGCAACGCCAUGGCCCGCCUGGGCGAGCCUGACCACAACGAGGCGCUGUCAGUGGACGCCCGGCAAGAGCUGGACCUGCGCAUCGGCUGCGCCUUCACCAGGUUUCAGACUAAAUACUUCCAGGGGAAAUACGGCAAUCUAGACAGCUCCCUCAUCUCCUUUGGGCCGUGUCAAACCCCCACCCUGGGAUUCUGCGUGGAGAGACAUGACAAGAUCCAGUCCUUCAAACCGGAGACCUACUGGGUGCUGCAGGCCAAGGUUAACACUGAUAAAGAUAGAUCUCUGCUUCUGGACUGGGACCGUGUGCGAGUGUUCGAUCGGGAGAUUGCACAGAUGUUCUUAAACAUGACAAAGCUGGAGAAGGAAGCCCAGGUGGAGGCCACAAGCAGGAAAGAGAAGGCCAAGCAGAGGCCCCUGGCCCUGAACACCGUGGAGAUGCUGCGUGUGGCCAGCUCUUCUCUGGGCAUGGGGCCACAGCAUGCCAUGCAGACCGCCGAGCGGCUCUACACGCAAGGCUACAUCAGCUACCCUCGGACCGAGACCACCCACUACCCCGAGAACUUUGACCUGAAGGGCCCUCUACGGCAGCAGGCCAACCACCCCGCCUGGGCUGACACGGUGAAGCGGCUGUUAGCAGAAGGUAUCAACCGCCCACGGAAAGGCCACGAUGCUGGCGACCACCCCCCCAUCACCCCCAUGAGGUCUGCCUCAGAGGCCGAAUUAGGGAGCGAGGCGUGGCGGCUCUAUGAGUACAUCACCAGACACUUCAUCGCCACGGUUAGCUAUGACUGCAAGUACCUGCAGAGCAGCAUCUCCUUCAGGAUCGGGCCUGAGCACUUCACCUGCAUGGGGAAGACUGUCAUCUCUCCAGGCUUCACGGAGAUCAUGCCCUGGCAGAGCGUGCCCCUGGAGGAGAACCUGCCCACCUGCCAGAGGGGCGACACCUUCCCCGUGAGCGAAGUGAAGAUGCUGGAGAAGCAGACGAGCCCGCCCGACUACCUGACGGAGGCCGAGCUCAUCACGCUCAUGGAGAAGCACGGCAUCGGGACAGACGCCAGCAUCCCUGUGCACAUCAACAACAUCUGCCAGCGCAACUACGUUGUAGUGGAGAGCGGGCGCCGGCUCAAGCCCACCAACCUGGGCAUCGUCCUGGUGCACGGCUACUACAAGAUCGAUGCGGAGCUGGUGCUCCCCACCAUCCGAAGUGCGGUUGAGAAGCAGCUGAACCUGAUUGCCCAGGGCAAGGCCGACUACCGCCAGGUCCUGGGCCACACCCUGGACAUCUUCAAGAGAAAGUUCCACUACUUCGUGGACUCCAUCGCCAGCAUGGACGAGUUGAUGGAGGUGUCUUUUUCGCCCCUGGCAGCCACGGGCAAGCCCCUCUCCCGCUGUGGAAAAUGCCACCGGUUCAUGAAGUACAUCCAGGCCAAGCCGAGCCGCCUGCACUGCUCCCACUGCGACGAGACCUACACCCUCCCCCAGAACGGCACCAUCAAGCUCUACAAGGAGCUCCGGUGCCCGCUGGAUGACUUCGAGCUGGUCCUUUGGUCAUCGGGCUCCCGGGGCAAGAGCUACCCACUGUGCCCCUAUUGCUCCAACCACCCGCCCUUCCGAGACAUGAAGAAAGGCAUGGGCUGCAACGAGUGCACACACCCCACCUGCCAGCACUCGCUGAGCAUGCUGGGCAUCGGCCAGUGCGUGGAGUGCGAGAAUGGGGUGCUGGUGCUGGACCCCACCUCGGGCCCCAAGUGGAAGGUGGCCUGCAACAAGUGCAACGUGGUGGCACACUGCUUUGAGAACGCCCACCGCGUGCGGGUGUCCGCCGACACCUGCAGCGCCUGCGAGGCCGCCCUGCUCGACGUGGACUUCAACAAGGCCAAGUCCCCGCUCCCAGGUGACGAGACACAGCACACAGGCUGUGUCUUCUGCGACCCCAUCUUCCAGGAGCUGGUGGAGCUGAAGCACGCAGCCUCCUGUCACCCCAUGCACCGCGGUGGGCCGGGGAGGAGGCAGGGCCGAGGGCGGGCCCGGGGCCGGAGACCUGCUGGGAAGCCCAGUGCCCGGCGGCCGAAGGACAAGAUGUCAGCCCUGGCCGCCUACUUCGUGUGACGGCCCGCCAUCCCUCCCCCAGGCUCCAGAUGGCUGUCCUUUGGGCCACGGAAAUCAUUAAAAUGCAUUUGUCUUCUCCAGAGCAAGCAGCUCGGGACCUUUUGCUGGUGUCAGAGGGUUCCAGUGUCCUCCCCACUCUCCUCGUUGCCCCUCCAUCCCCACGCCCCACCUCUCCAUUCAUUGUGCACACACCUAGGUGCCUGCUCUACCCACGCCCCGGCAGUGCCUGCAGGGAGGCCCCCAAGUGUGGAGACAGAGCAGACCCAGUCCAUGGCUCACGUCACAUUCCAGUACAGGUGACACAGCACAGCAGCUGUGGACAUGAGUAGGAGCUACCCCUGAUGCCCAGAGGAAGGAAGGCACCAGCAGCC